UGCGCUAGCGCUCCGAAGAAUCAUCUACAAGAAACAAUGUCAGGCUACAAACUUUACUACUUGGAUGCCCGAGGUCGGGCUGAGAUCAUUCGACUGUCCUUCGUUGCUGCGAAUAUGGAAUACGAAGACAUCCGAUUUACCAGAGAAGAAUGGGUCAAGGAGAAAGAAUGUGAGUAGAAAAUCUUGAAUGCAGAUCACAACAUAACGCUUGAGUUCAAAACGUUAUCCUGAAAUAACUAACCUUUAACCGAGAAAGUUGGUUUGCAUAUAAAGGUUCAGGACUUGCAUAUUGAAUGAAAAAUCGUCUCUCAUUGCUAAAACACAUUGUUUCUUAAAAAAAAAAGGAAAAGAAAAGAUUGCGACUAAAACUGCAUGCUAUCCUCAUUAUCAUCACAAAAAUCGAUUCUUUCGAUUUACCAUGUGUUCUUUGUCGAAUAAAACUCAAUUUCAGUUAAGUUCGAAUUAUCAUGCAGUGCAUGGGAACGUAUGCAAUGAUAAGAAAUUGGAGCCCCCCAAAAAAAUACUUAGGUAGUAGAUUUUCGCGAAAAAGGUCGGGAAGAUGACUACAAUCUAACAUUCUGUCCAUCCACCUGACCUAUCUUAAUUCUCUAAUUAAUUCGUAACAAUGACGAUGCAAGUUAUUAGUUUCCAGAACUGAACGUCAGAACCAAAGGCUGUAGAGAUGAUUUGGGUUUUUCAGGAAGUGAAGCAGUCAGAAAGAUUGGCUUCUGUGAUCUUUCUCUCUAUUUUUCAAUUUCAUUCCAAGAAAGAGAAAACCCUCAAGUUUGGCUAGGUUUGUGAAUAAUUUUAAAUCAUACAGCAGGAUUGCGUGACUAUGCCAUAGUAGAUAUUUUCGUCAACAAGAGUCAGAGCCGCCACUCGAAUAUUUACAUGAUUUCAUCCAAAAAGAAAUUAACAUGAUUGAAAACGAAUAUUAAAGAUAAUGCUUUAAUAGUUAUGAACUGACGCUGCACCUAAAGUUCCAACCAAAAGCGCGUGAAAAGUUGGCGGUAUUGCAAGCUGUCUGUUUUUGACAUUUUAUAAUAAUUUAUACCUACUAGAUUUUAUCUGGUUAUCAGGCAAAUGCUUUUACUUGUAUCGAAGACUCCUUUGGGAUAUGUUAAUAAGAGGAAUUAAAUGCACGUCAUAUUUAUUCAUGUGUCUAUUAUAUUUUUGUCUACAUGUAAGCAAACAUAAUGUGAUCAACAUGUUUACUUAUGGUUAAUUCAUUGCUUAUACGUUCAUUCCUCUGAUAAGACAUCCCUUUACUGGUUAUUUCUUCUUGUCUCUAUUUAACAAUAAAUUUAUUCAAAUCCAUGUGUAUUUAUCUAUUUAUCUACCGUAAUAUAUCUCUCUCUGAGUAACUGUCUAUAAUCCAUUUAUCUGUUAAUUAACUUAUGUAUUGAUUUAUCAUCUAUCUUUCUAUUUAUUUUUCUAUUUCUUUAUGUCAGCUGGCAGACCCCCUCUUGGUCAGGUACCAUUUCUUGUGACCCCAGAUGGAAAAGUGCUUGGACAGUCUCAAGCAAUCAUGAAGUAUGUUUGCAGAAUAGGAGGUGAGUAAUCACUAAUGAAAUGAAUAUUUUUUUCUUUAUGAAACAGCAACAGUAAUGUUACUAUCUAUUACUAUCAGUAUGCCACAGGAAAAAUUUCAAUUUUUGUGCGCUUGACUAGUGAACAAUUUAUUAACUUAAUCUCACCUUGUAACCAAAAACAACGGUACCUCCUUCAACCUCUUCAUUGGCUUCAUGAAUGAUGGAGAACCUUGGAACAAUGGUUUGUCUCAGGAAAUAUCCAAGGCUGGUGGUGCUGUAUGAGAAAGUGCUGGAGAUUCAGGAAUAAAAGCUUGGGCAGAGAGGCACCCUAUGACUGACUUCUAAGCAAUUUAUCUGUGAUUGUGGUAGCGGAAUGCUUGAUUCUCAAACAUUACCUAAUAAAAGAAACUUCUCAAAAAGUUUCUAUGAUUAUUCAAAAUUUUCUCCUAGCCUUGUGGGUGACAUGGUGGUGUUUUAUUUGGUACACAUGAUCAGGGAUUGAAAAUUACCUGAUGGGUGCAAUUCCUGGCAGGAGCAUGAUUAAACUAACACCACUGUGCAAGGUGCCUCACUAAGUAUCAACAAACAUACAAGGAAAAUUGAUAGAUUUCCAGGUGGUGGGAGAGAGGGGUAGGGGGUUGCCUGUCAUAAAAUGUAGUUCUGUAAUAAUCUUUCUACUUUAGUGUUAGGUGUAGUGUGUUGCUUCCUUUGUGAUGUCUUUUUUUUUAAUCAUACCAUUCUUAUUUUUGUAAGUAAUAUUAGAGAUAUUGUAUAUGAUCUGUUUUGAUGGAAUAAAUAAACUAUUGGGAAUAAAUCUAUUCAGUCUAGCAAGGAGAUUUUGACUGGCAAAAAUGCUUACAAUUACUCAGGUGAUUGGUCAGACUGGUGUAUUUUUGUCAUUUUUUCCAGUUGUUUUUUUCUCAAUGUCCUCAAAAGUAAUAAUGGUAGUAUUAAUUGGGCAUAAAUAUGUGUUUAACUCUUUUUAAGAGUCAUUUUCACUCAUGCCAAGCAGGUCAGGCUAAAAUGACCCUGAGUCAUGGCCAAAACAUAUCAUUUAUGCCCAUGGACAUAACCUCUGUUGCUUUAUUACAUAUAGGUUUGAGCCCAACAGACAGUUUUGAUGAGGCAAUUGCUGAUAUGAUUGUGGGUGGUGUUGAAGAUUUUUUCCAGGCUUUGAUAAAGGUUUUUAUAGAAAAGGAGGAAGCUAAAAAGGUACCAAAUAAACACAAUUUUGUUUUUUUGUUUCCUCUUCUUUAUAAUCUUUAUCACUUUUCAUUACAGAUCUCAAUACCUUGUUCACUUCUUACCUUCAGAUCUCUUCUGUUUGCCACUACCUUCAGAUCUGUCCCACCUGUUUUUGCUUCCCUCACAGCUUGCCCCCAUUGUCUUGUUUUCAGCUCUUUCCUUUCCCUUUUUAGUCUAGUCAACUAACUUCUUGAUCACCCUACCUCUCCCAUGCUUCUUUAGAUGGUGUUAUCAGACUCCAAUGUAUCCCUUCCUUCCACCUUUUCUCCAUCUCAGUCCCUCACACCCUCCUCUCCUCUUCUCCUUUUCCUUCGUACGCCUCACUCCCUCUCCCUCCUACCUUUCUCUCUCCCUUCCCUUGCUCUCCGCCACCUCUGUUAUUGCCUCAUUUAUUAUACCUUUCUCUCCUAUGCAACCUUUUCCUCAUUAAUUAACUCUCUUUCACUAGUUCUUUUCUCCCCCUCUCCUUUCCCCACCUCCCUCUCUUUAAUUUUUCUCCCAUACUAAUUCUCUCUCCCUAUUUGUAUUUUAUACUAGAAGUGCUUUUGUUUUAACUUAUCCCCAUUUGCCUACUCAGCCAACUCUCUCUCCAUUUCCCUUGACCACCAAUUCAGUGUCACUAACUUAAUUUAGGCCAAUUCCUUCACUUGGAUUUUUUUUAUCCUUGUUUGGUCAAAAUUAUUUUGUAGACGGAGCUAAUGAAAGAGUUCUUGGAAGAAACUCUCGCUAACCGACUGCCAAAAUAUGAAAAUAUUUUAAAAGCCAACAACGAAGGCAAGGGAUUCUUUGUUGGUGACAAGGUAACAGUUUGUGAAUGAAAACAAAUUUGAUCUUAAAGUUUAUGUUAACAUACACAAGAUUUCUUUCCUAUACAUGCAAGACCAUGCAUUUAAGGCAUGCAUGACCCUUCGUCCCAAUUUUUUAAUCCUAUCUUCUUUUUAGGUUUACUUGAUUUUAUUCACAUUGUUGUUUGUGGAAUAAACGGUGUUAAAGCCUCUUGCCAUUGUACUAUUUAAAAAUGCAUCAUUACGUCGAUUAUGGCAAAUAGAUAAGUCCAUUUGCUAAAUGUAUAAUUUACUCAAAAGUCCUAUUAUUAUCAUCAUCAUUAUCAUCAUCAUCACCAUAAUAAUUAUUAGCAUCAUUAUUUUUAUCAUUAUACUUUUAUUUCUUCCUCUUCUUCCUCUCUUUUUCUUCUCAAAAAUUACAUCCCAGGCUAAUAAAGAUUUAUUUUAUGAUAUCUAUUCACAGCUUACAUAUGCUGACAUCAUUUUCUUUGACCUGAUGAACUUUUUGGAAAAAGGCGAACCCACUGCCCCGAAAGCACUCGAAAAGUUCCCGUUAUUGGCUGCGCAUCACAAACGUGUACUGGAUGUGCCAGAAAUAAAGAAAUGGGUCGAGACACGCCCAAAAACAGAGCAUUAAAUGUUUUGUGAUUCCGACCAGUUGUUGGUUACCAGCUGUGAGGUGAUGGAAAGAAAAAUAAACUAAACUGAAAAGUUAUUUUCUGUGUGAGAACUGUUUAAUUUAAGCUUUAACUGGCGUUUGAUCUCUGGGGGAAAAGGGUGUGGGGAGGAGGGGGCCUCCAGUUAUAAGAGGUAAAAGAAGAAGACCGGAUGACUUGGUAAUAUUUUCAUUAAAAUAGAAACUAUCUCUCUUAAUUCAUCAGUUUUGUAUCCUUCUCCUGCUGUAUGUUUGGGAAGAGGGUGAACUGACAAACAUGUAGUAUGUAGAUUGCCAUGGAUGCCAUUGUUAUUUGUAUUGUUGGUACCUACAAGCAAGAGAAGUGACCUAAGCACCUGGCACGCUGAAGAGAUUUAAAAUUUGUUGACUGAGCUCCUUGCAGUUCUCAUUAAACUGUCAAUCUAACCUCCCCCUAAACAAUUUUGUAGUCAAGCUACAGAUGGAGUGGAAAAAUUGCCCAUGCCUGCUCCGAAAGUGUUGGUGCUGAGAGUUCUAGUAGAGUUGCACCGCUGCCGUUUUGCUGCCUGCCUUUCAAACAGGAAUUGACAGAACCGUAGCUCAUUACAGGCAACCUCCUACCCCCCCUCCUUUCUCAUCCUACCCCGAACAGUUUAUGAAUCAUUUCACACAUCCUCCUGUCACUGCAUUUCAUUCUCCCUUCCAUUAAUCCUCUCCCUCUCUCUCAUCCAACCUCCCUUACCCCACAUCUCCCAAUCCUCUCCUUCCCCUACCUCUACUAAUCUCUCCCUUUUUUCCUCCUUUUGAUUCACCCUCUUUUCCAACCCUCUCGUUUUCCCUUCCUUCCUAUCUUUCCACUCUUUCUUCUCCAUCCUCUUAUCCUCUCUCCCUCUCUCCCUCCCUCCCUCCUUCCCUUGCUCCCUCCCCUCCUUCCUCCUUCCCUCCUUUCCUCCCUCCUCUCUCCCUCCUUCCCUAGCUCCCUCUCUUUCUUCCUUCCUCCCUCCCUUCCUUCCUCCAUCCCCUCCUCCCUCCUCCCUCCCUUCCUCCCUCCCUCCUUCCAUUCCUUCCAUCCCUACUCCAUCUGUCCCUCACUUCCUUAGUUCUUUCCUUUCUUCCAUCUUACUUUCUCUUCCACUAUUCUUUCAUUUGUUCAUCAUCAUACUUACUGGCUCUUUUGUUUUGAGUUAAGUUUUGCUUUCACUAAUUCUCCUAGGUCUAACCCCCUCCACCGAUUUGGACUUAGGGUAAGGCAGACAUGAUUGUGGAUGGUGUUGCUGAUUCAACUGAAAAAUACGCUUCAGCUUUCUUUGAAAAAGACCCAAAAGAAAGGUAAACAGUCCCUUAUAAUAUUUGUAAAGGUAUCCAUCUUUUCCAGUUAAUAUUUCAGUUCGUCGCUGCCCAGUGUACAUAAGAUUGUUAUAAGGAAUUUCAGCGCGGUCUUACGACAAUUUCAUACCACCAAAACCAAGGUAACCUCCACGACCAAUCACAGCGAAGAAAGGUCAUCAAAAGCCAAUGAGAACUCAGAGUUGAAACACGCCAGGACCCAGAAGGCGGGAAAACGCAAAAAGCACGACGCGAUUUGCCUCCAAUUUGCGUCGGAUUGGUUUUACAAGGUAGCAAAAAUUUUCUGGACCAAUCGUAGUGCGAAGCUAGGAAAAACCUGAUGGGUUGACAGGGUAGCGAAAGUUUUCUGGACUAAUCGUAGAGCGAAGUAAAGCAAAACCAAUUCAAUGGUGUAUUACUUUCAACGCUUAAUUGAGUGUCGUUCCAAAACUCAUGCUCAGUCAUGCAGUCGAAAACGCUACCGCAAUGUCGCAAUGUAGCCAGUGUCGAGUUCAGGCUGUCUUUUGCGUUUUAAGAACGUUUGUUAGUCUUUUUCUUUCUAGAUACUAGAGUUGCAACUCAGUUGAAAAAAUGAGUCUUUAUGCUGAUAUAAUAUAGAAUAACCACAGGAACGUCAUGUAUGCCACUCACUUUAUUCCCCGUUCAUUCCUUGAUUCAGGCUAAGUUGCAAGAGGAAGUGAAAGCUGCUACCCCUGGAAUUCUCGCUCGCUUUGAGAAACUUCUUAAGGCCAAUAUAAUGAUAGGAAAGGAUUCUUUGUUGGUGACAAGGUACGACGUCGCACUUUUUAAGUCAGUCGGUCUGUCUGUCACUUAUUCAUUCAUCGACUCAGCCCUUCUUUCGGUGGUUAAUUCAUUCAUUCAAUUAUAGUCAUAAGAUUUGUUUAGGCACUAAUGUAUUCCACUAUUUUUGUUACGUUCGUUUUUUGUUUGUUAGUUUGUUUCCCUUUUUGUGUUCUUUUCAGGGUUAGAUCACGCGCUACCCUCGCCGAUCUUUCCUUUCACGCAGCCGCUCCUAAAAUAUGGAGUGAUCUUACGUGUUCCAUCGGAAAUAUUGAACCCUUGAAUAGGUUUAAGUGAUCUAAUCAGACCUUUUUAUUCGAAAAACCUUUGUAAUAUAAUAUAUAUAAUAUGUAUAUAUUCACCCGUUUUAAAAAACGUUGCAAUUUGAAAAUAUAUAGGAAUUAUAUACAUCUUUAGUUUUCUCAUCAGAGGGACACUUUUUGAGGGGGAAAUAAAAGGUAUAUAUAUUUUAUUUAUUUUUCGAGUUGACGGAUAUAUAUAUGUGUGUGUGUGUGUGUAUAUAUAUAUAUGUAUAUAUAUAUAUAAUGUUUCUAUAUUUCCUAGCUAGUCAAUUUUAGUCCAUUUUUUAAUUAUUUUUCAGUUUUAAUAGUUAGAUUUAGAGGUUUAUUCAUUUCAUUGCACAAUUAGAAAUUUAACAUUGAUGCUUGCACAAUAUAAGUCAAUAAAAAUUUUUUGUGCUUUCUUUUUUUUUUUUUUUUUUUGUAUAUGUAUAGCUAACCUAUGCAGACAUCAUCCUCUUUAACAUGGUAAAUGGCCUCUUUGCACAAGGAAAGAUGGAGGUUCCAGCAUUGAUCAAAGAUUUUCCUCUUUUGAUGUCUCAUUAUGAGCGUGUUAUGGCGAUCCCAAACAUCAACGAGCAUCUCAAAACACGACCUGUAUCAGCCAUGUGAAAGGGAUGGUUUAUAACCAUCUGAGUUACUAAAGCUCAAACGAAUUUAAACAAGUGCUUAAACACUGAAAAGUUUGUUUGUGCCAAUAAAUGAAACUAGAAACGUCUUUCUUGUCUGGAUCCGGACUCAAUUAAUGGAUUGUGCCAGCGAUUUCUUUAUUCCUGGUAAACGUAUAACAUAUAACCCCUUUCUAAAAGGGCCAUGCAAAAUUCGAUAUUUCCUAAUGCUCAAUAAAAGGUGAUAUUAGCGAUUUUCGUGAACAGAUACCUGCGCAGUUUGGGUUAAGAACGAAAGUUAAACGCUUUGCGAAAUGACUUUACAAGUUGCAAGUGAAAUACUGAAUUAACGGUGAGACACUGUGCGUUAGCACCAUUGGUUUCAAAAAGAACGAAAGUAACGCCGGGUAGGUUCAGGAUAAAUAAUCUUUUAAAAAAGAAAACCAGGCCGAAUUUCAAAUGACGCCCUGAUUUACAGGAACGGAUAAUCCUUCAACUUGAAGCAAAUUUUGCGAUGCAAACAAAUAACGAUUAAUCGUGAAUCGUUCUGUCAAACUCGCACGUUUUCAAUUCUCCUCAGUCUUGAAAUGACACCCCGCUCCACCCCAGCCGCUUUGAAUAUCAGUCGUGUCGGCGCUGCCCUCCCACGCAUGUUAAAGUAGGGAAGUUUAUACUGUGGUAUAAUGGUUUUUUUUUCUUUGGGCGAGCGGUGCAAGUUACGACGGUGCAGGUGCAAGCAAAUGUCGAAGGCUUGUUCUGCACGCAUGCAUACAAAACUUAUGCAACUCACUAUUUGCAUGCUGCGAAUGUUGAAUGGCGGAAAGAUUUGGGGUUGUAAACACAGCAAAACGUUAUGAUCAGGUUCAUCCGCGGAAAGAAGAACCCUUUCAAAGAUGUACUCUUCCUAGCGUGCGGUUCCGUAGCUCUGUUGGUCAGUUGGUAGUUACCUGGCAAUCGAUUAGUAUCCGGGAGGCAUGGGUUCGAAUCCCAUCGAAGUCUGCAGUUUUUUUUCAGGCUUCAUUUUAGCUCAUCAACGAGGAUCUUUGCUUCACCCUUUAACUCGUAUGGGUGACCAAGACAGAACUUCUCCUUACAAUAUCAAUACAAUAUCAAGCAGACAGGUGAUGAGAAUAAAGAAAAAUGUCAAUGAGGGUAUUAUUAGUUGAUCCAAUAACAAAUUCUCCACAUUAACGUCAUAAGAAUUGUCUGGGAGACAGUAAAGAGAAUUGAUAAUGAGAUCUUGGGAAUGAACGGGUAAAUAACUUGGUUAACCCUUUCACCCCUAAGAGUGACUAACAUCUAAUUUCUCCUUUUAAUAUCUCCUCCUAAUCACUCAUAAAGGUCACAAGAAUGGAGGAAAUGAUCACGCUCUUUAUUGUUAACAAAUUCUCCAUAUCAGCACCUUAAAAAUGUAUAGAGCAUAGUAUGAAGAGUUUGCAUACUGAUGUUAGAGUGUAAAAGGUUAAAUAAGCUUGAAGGAUCAACGGCAUGACUGCUCUCUUACCUCAACCCAAAUUUUAUUUGAUUUAAGGCAAGAUUUCCAAAGUCACCAUGUGAGAGACGAGUCGGCUAAUUGAAUGCAAAUCCAGAAUAAAUGGAGAUUCGUCACGGUAAGGAUUCAUUGAAAUGUUUUUUCGAGAGAUACAAUUGAUGGUUGAAUUUCCUGUUGGAGCUGGUAUCCCUUCACUUUGCCAAAUAUAUAACCAUUGGCAUAAGUUUCUCGCAAGGAACCAAUUGAAAAGUUUCCAACGAGGAUAUCGAUAUUACGAAAUGCUGACCCUGCUAAAUGUCGAUCCAAAUUUAAAAAUAGAUUUGUCCAAAAAAUAUUCGAUUGGAAUCCUUUAAAGGAGAAAUAUUCAAUAGACCCAAUAUUGAAAAGUUUCCAACGAGGAUAUCGAUAUUAAGAAAUGCUGACCCUGCUAAAUGUCGAUCCAAAUUUAAAAAUAGAUUUGUCCAAAAAAUAUUCGAUUGGAAUCCUUUAAAGGAGAAAUAUUCCAUAGACCCAAUAUUGAAAAGUUUCCAACGAGGAUAUCGAUAUCGAUAUUACGAAAUGCUGACUCUGCUAAAUGUCGAUCUAGAUUUCAAGAGAUUUGUCCAAAAAAUAAUCGAUUGAAAUUCCUUUUAAGGAAAAAUAUACAUUAGACCCAGAGUUAACAGAAAUUUGUCGAACAAUACUGAUCAAAUGCUUUCAUUGGCGGUACUGAUUUAAUACCUGUUCAUGAUGUCUUAAAGGCAACUAUCAUGCUAUAUUUUGGCAAAUGUUGGUUUCUUUGGGAGAAUAACCUGCAAUUGUUGAGACUUUUAGCCUUAAUGAAAAACAAGCUGUCUUCUGUUUGCAAAAGUCCAGAGCCAUAGAGGCCAUUCAGUAAAAAAUGACUUUCGAAUCUCGUCUCUUCUCACAGUGACACAGCAAUCCAACAUCCAGGGUGUACUAUUAACUUACACAACAACACUUGAGGUUUACACGCGUGGACAAAAAUAGCGAUUGUUUCGUUUAAUUUGCUUCGUGCUCCCCACACUAAUUUAACCGUAUAUUACAUCUUGCCAAAACACAAAUGCUGCUAAUUUUGGUAGCAAGGCAGCUGCUGUACUCAAAUUUACCUUCCACCGGAUAGAAAUUAAUGGCGUAGGUUGUCGAUUUCUGGGCAUCUGAAAAACAUAAUAAAGGAAAAAGACCAUGUUAAGCUUACAAUAUUUCGAAAGCAGCCGAGAAAAAUCGCCUUGAAAGCUACGAAGCUACUGCAUAACUAAUGCUGACUUCAUUUACGCAAAUAAUUCGGGAAAUCAAUUUAGCAUCAAUGAGUACAUGAUGACAUGUCAAAAUAAAACUAAUUAAAACGUCACCGUGAGAAGUUGCGUGACGUCCAUCGACAACAUAUAAACGCUGCGCUAGCGCUCCGAAGAAUCAUCUACAAGAAACAAUGUCAGGCUACAAACUUUACUACUUUGAUGUCCGAGGUCGGGCUGAGAUCGUUCGGCUUUCCUUCGUUGCUGCGAAUAUGGAAUACGAAGACAUCCGAUUUACCAGAGAAGAAUGGGUCAAGGAGAAAGAAUGUGAGUAGAAAAUCUUGAAUACAGAUCACAACAUAGCGCUUGUGUUCAAAACGUUAUUCUGAAAUAACUAACCUUUAACCGAGAAAGUUGGUUUGCAUAUAAAGGUUCAGGACUUGCAUAUUGAAUGAAAAAUCGUCUCUCAUUGCUAAAACACAUUGUUCUCUUAAAAAAAAAAGGAAAAGAAAAAGAAUGCGACUAAAACUCACAAAAAUCGAUUCUCUCAAUUUACCGUGUGUUCUUUGUCGAAUAAAACUCAAUUUCAGUUAAGUACGAAUUAUCAUGCAGUGCAUGGGAACGUAUGCAAUGAUAAGAAAUUGGAGCCCCCCCAAAAAAAUACUUAGGUAGUAAAUUUUCGCGAAAAAGGUCGGGAGGAUGACUACAAUCUAACAUUCUGUUUAUCCACCUGACCUAUCUUAAUUCCCUAAUUAAUUCGUAACGAUGACGAUGCAGGUUACUAGUUUCCAGAACUGAACGUCAGAACCAAAGGCUAUAGAGAUGAUUUGGGUUUUUCAGGAAGCGAAGCAGUCAGAAAGAUUGGCUUCUGUGAUCUUUCUCUCUAUUUUUCAAUUUCAUUCCAAGAAAGAGAAAACCCUCAAGUUUGGCUAGGUUUCUGAAUAAUUUUAAAUCAUACAGCAGGAUUGCGUGACUAUGCUAUAGUAGAUAUUUUCGUCAACAAGAGUCAGAAUCGUCACUCGAAUAUUUACAUGAUUUCAUCCAAAAAUAAAUUAACAUGAUUGAAAACGAAUAUUAAAGAUAAUGCUUUAGUAGUUAUGAACUGAUACUGCACCUUAAGUUCCAACCAAAAGCGCGUGAAAAGUUGGCGGUAUUGCGAGAUGUCAGUUUUUGACAUUUUAUAAUAGUUUAUACCUACUAGAUUUUAUCUGGUUAUCAGGCAAAUGCUUUUACUUGUAUCGAAGACUCCUUUGGGAUAUGUUAAUAAGAGGAAUUAAAUGCACGUCAUAUUUACUCAUGUGUCCAUUAUAUUUUUGUCUACAUGUAAGCAAACAUAAUGUGAUCAACAUGUUUACUAAUGGUUAAUUCAUUGCUUAUGCGCUCAUUCCUUUGAUAAGACAUCCCUUUUCUAGUAAUUUCUUUUUGUUUCUAUUUAACAAUAAAUUUAUUCAAAUCCAUGUGUAAUUAUCUAUUUAUCUACCUUAAUAUAUCUCUCUCUAAGUAACUGUCUAUAAUCCAUUUAUCUGUUAAUUAACUUAUGUAUUAAUUUAUCAUCUAUCUUUCUAUUUAUUUUUCUAUUUCUUUUUGUCAGCUGGCAGACCCCCUCUUGGUCAGGCACCAUUUCUCGUGACCCCAGAUGGAAAAGUGCUUGGACAGUCUCAAGCAAUCAUGAAGUAUGUUUGCAGAAUAGGAGGUGAGUAAUCACUAUUGAAAUGAAUAUUUUUUCUUUAUGAAGCAGCUACAGUAAUGUUACUAUCAAUUACCAUCACUAUACCACAGGAAAAAUUUCAAUUUCUCUGUGCUUUACUAGUGAACAAUUCAAUAACUUAAUCUCACCUUGUAACCAAAACCAACAGUACCUUCUUCAACCUCUUCAAUGGCUUCAUGAAGAACCUUGGAACAUUAUGGUUUGUCUCAGGAAAUAUCCAAGGCUGGUGGUGCUGUAUGAGAAAGUGCUGAAAAUUCAGGAAUAAAAGCUUGGGUGGAGAGGCGCCCCAUGACUGACUUCUAAGCAAUUUAUCUGUGAUUGUGGAAGCAGAAUGCUUGAUUCUCAAACAUUACCUAAUAAAAGAAACUGCUGAAAAAGUUUCUAUAAGUAUUCAAAAUUUUCUCCUAGCUUUGUGGGUGACAUGGUGGUGUUUUAUUUGGUACACAUGAUCCAGGAUUAAAAAUUACCUGAUGGGUGCAAUUCCUGGCAGGGGCAUGAUUAAGCCAACACCAUUGUGCAAGGUGCCUCACUAAGUAUCAACAAACAUACAAGGAAAAUUGAUGAAUUUCUAGGGGGUGGGAGAGAGGGGUAGGGGGUUGCCUGUGAUAAAAUGUAAUUCUGUUAUAAUCUUUUUACUUUAGUGUUAGGUGUGGUGUGUUGCUUCUUUUGUGAUGCCUUUUUUUUAAUCAUACCAUUCUUAUUUUUGUAAGUAAUAUUAGAGAUAUUGUAUAUGUUCUGUUUUGAUGGAAUAAAUAAAUUAUUGGGAAUAAAUCUAUUCAGGCAAGCAAGGAGAUUUUGGCUGGCAAAAAUGCUUACAUACUCAGGUGAUUGGUCAGACUGGUGUAUUUUUGUCAUUUUUUUUCCAGUUGUUUUUUUCUCAAUGUCCUCAAAAGUAAUAAUGGUAGUAUUAAUUGGGCAUAAAUAUGUGUUGAGCUCUUUUUAAGAGUCAUUUUAACUCAUGCCAAGCAGGUCAGGCUAAAAUGACCUUGAGUCAUGGCCAAAACAUAUCAUUUAUGCCCAUGGACAUAACCUCUGUUGCUUUAUUACAUAAAGGUUUGAGUCCAACAGACAGUUUUGAUGAGGCAAUUGCUGAUAUGAUUGUGGGUGGUGUUGAAGAUUUUUUCCAGGCUUUGAUAAAGGCUCAUAUGGAAAAGGAAGAAGCUAAAAAGGUAUCAAAUAAAUACAAUUUUUUUUGGUUCCUCUUCUUUAUAAUCUUUAUCACUUUUCAUUACAGAUCUUAAUACCUUGUUCACAUCUUACCUUCAGAUCUCUUCUGUUUGCCACUACCUUCAGAUCUGUCCCACCUGUUUUUGCUCCCCUCACAGCUUGCCCCCAUUGUCUUGUUAUCAGCCCUUUCCUUUCCUCUUUUAGUCUGGUCAACUAACUUCUUGAUCACCCUACCUCUCCCAUGCUUCUUUAGAUGGUGUUAUCAGCUUCCAAUGUAUCCCUUCCUUCCACCUUUUCUCCUUCUUAGUCCCUCACACCCUCCUUUCCUCCUCUCCUUUUCCUUCUUACACCUCACUCCCUCUCCCUCCUACCUUUUUCUCUCCCUUCCCUUGCUCUCCACUACCUCUGUCAUUGCCUCAUUUAUUAUACCUUUCUCUCCUAUGCAACCUUUUCCUCCCUCUCUUUAAUUUUUCUCCCAUACUUUCUCUCUCCCUUGUUGUAUUAUACUAGUGCUUUUGUUUUAACUUAUCCCCAUUUGCCUACUCAGCCAACUCUCUCUCCAUUUCCCUUGACCACCAAUUCAGUGUCACUAAUUUAAUUUAGGCCAAUUCCUUCACUUGGAGUUUUUUUUAUCCUUGUUUGCUCAAAAUUAUUUUGUAGACGGAGCUAAUGAAAGAAUUCUUUGAAGAAACUCUCGCUAACCGACUGCCAAGAUAUGAAAAUAUUUUAAAAGCCAACAACGAAGGCAAGGGAUUCUUUGUUGGUGACAAGGUAACAGUUUGUGGAUGAAAACAAAUUUGAUCUUUAUGUUAACAUACACAAGAUUUCUUUCCUAUACAAGACCAUGCAUUUAAGGCAUGUAUGACCCUUCGUCCCAAUUUUUUAAUCCUAUCUUCUAUUUAUGUUUACUUGAUUUUAUUCAUAUUGUUGUUUGUGGAAUAAACAAUGUUAAAGCCUCUUGCCAUUGUACUAUUUAAAAAUGCAUCAUUACAUCGAUUAUGGCAAAUAGAUAAGUACAUUUGCUAAAUGUAUAAUUUACUCAAAAGUCCUAUUAUUAUCAUCAUCAUUAUCAUCACCAUCACCAUAAUAAUUAUUAGCAUCAUUAUUUUUAUCAUUAUACUUUUUUUUCUUCCUCUUCUUCCUCUCUUUUUCUUCUCAAAAAUUACAUCCCAGGCUAAUAAAGAUUUAUUUUAUGAUAUCUAUUCACAGCUUACAUAUGCUGACAUCAUUUUCUUUGACCUGAUGAACCUUUUGGAAAAAGGCGAACCCACUGCCCCGAAAGCACUCGAAAAGUUCCCGUUAUUGGCUGCGCAUCACAAACGUGUACUGGAUGUGCCAGGAAUAAAGAAAUGGGUCGAGACACGCCCAAAAACAGAGCAUUAA